GACAGAGGGGAGUUUCAGCUCUGCGCUCAGUUUUAUUUCACCCUCAUUUCACUCGUUUUAGCCGGAUUCUGCAGUAUAUGAUCAGAGAUGUAGAUUAUAGAUAAAUAUAAUGCAGCUAUAAGUGAAAACUGUGUGUUUUUGGGGUUUAUUUUAUAAAUCCUCCGCAGCGCCUCCCCCUCCCCGGAGCUCGGCGGCCGCAGAGCCGCGUCUGGCGGGGAGAAGUUGUGCAGGAGGCGCUGAAGGAUGCGGGGAAGAUGGCGAUGAACGUGGGGAACAGAGAUGCAGUUUAUCCAGCUGCUGAUUUCUGCAGCCCCUACGGUCUUCACCCGCUCAGCUACGCGGGCGGCGGCCAGUAUUUCCCGCGGGGAGCAGGUCCAGAGUCUGUUCUGAAGCCUCCUCUGAAUCUCAUGUGUCAGCAACAAUCCCCGGCCUUCCAGCCUGUAGCUCCCGCCCAGACUCUCGGGCCUCCACCGGUCAUGAUGUCCCCAGACCCCCUCGCAUUCCCCCUCUGCACCCCCCUGCCUGCCAAGCCGCCCCCUCACUUACAGCUGGUCCCCAGCCCACCCAUCACAGUGCCAGCUGUGGUCUCCAGCCCCCAGGCUCCUGAGGAGGAGUGCCAGAAACCGGGCGCUGAGCCGGACGCCACCCUGGAGGAGCUGUGUAAACCUCUGUACUGCAAACUGUGCAAUGUCACGCUCAACUCAGCCCAGCAAGCACAGGCCCACUAUCAGGGCAAAAACCACAGCAAGAAACUGAGGAAUUUUUAUGCUGGUAGUCAGCAGCCACCCCCUAUCAGAAUACCAGAGGAAAUAGAGCCAGUUUCCCAGCAGUCGCUUUCCACUCCACCCGCAGAGACUGCUACUGCAGCGACCAAGCAGCCGCCCUUCAAGGGCCCCAGCAGGGUGAUCCUGGCCACAGAGAACGACUACUGCAAGCUGUGCGACGCCUCCUUCAGCUCUCCCGCCGUGGCCCACGCCCACUACCAGGGCAAGAACCACGCCAAGCGGCUCCGGCUCGCCGAGGCCCAGCAAAACGCCAGACUUCUAGACACAGCAGAGCUUGCACAGAGACGCUCCAGAAAAGAAGGGAACGACUACAGACUCAACAAGAAUCGCAGGACACAUGUGCCCACUGCCAUGCCAGGUCCUUACUACAACCCCCGGCCACGGCAGCGCAUCCCACGGGACCUGGCCAUGUGUGUGACGCCCAGCGGCCAGUUCUACUGCUCCAUGUGCAACUCGGGGGCCAGCGAGGAAGCCGACUUCCGCCUGCACCUGGAGAGCAAACAGCACAAGAGCAAAGUGUCGGAACAGCGCUACCGCAGCGAGAUGGAGAAUCUGGGGUACACCUAAAAGAGACCGUCGGCAAGCUGAGGCCAUACUGAACAGGAAAUCAUCUGUGUAAUUCUCCAAGUGCCCAAAAAUGGCUUUGUUACAGAAGAACAGUCUGUAUUGUGUUCCUACUCUGAACCAGACUCGUAGACUUUACACAGAAUGUGGAAAAAAACGAAAAUCGAAAGCUACCUCUUGCAGAAUUACAGGUGAUUUUAGUGUCAGAUUGUGCGUCUUACUUCAAGAGGACUUCGAACUACGUUUAAACCAACCACUUUAAUGGUACUUAAGUAACUGCGUUCCUUCUGACAAAUCUGACAGUGUAAAAGAGCACUAUUUUUGGUGGACGAAGGAGGUAGGUGGUCUUAAUUUGAUAUCUAGGAUCAGUUUGCCUUUAAGCUAGCUAACAAUGACACAUUGUUAUAUGAGGAUACAUAAAAAAGGCACUAAUCCUAGAUAAACGUACGAGAACUCGUCAAUACUCGAAGGCCAGUAGAGAUCCUGGUUCAGUUGUUUUCUUGUUUUUUUUGUUUUUGUUUUUUAAUAGUACAUAUUGCUAGAAAUAUUUUAAGAUUUCAUCUGUUUCUUUGAACAUGGUUUGUAUAGGUAGUAUGGACUAGUAUUGUGGACUCAGUAGUUCUCUGUUUUUUGUUUUUUGUUAUCAAACGUACACCAGAAGUGGUUCUUUUGUGGCAUCACACUUUUAAAUCAGUAGAUCCCAGAGUCUGUCCCAGAAACCUCAUGUUCGACACAUUCUAACAUACAGUAACUAACCCAUCGCACUAGGAGCUUCUCAUUUAGUUAGUGAGGUAAAAUGGGAUUGUUCUAAAACCCAUGAUUUUGCAAUUUCUAUUUUUUACGGUAAAGGACUCUACAUAUAAAGCAGUAUUUCUCAAUCUGUGGUCAUAAAGGCACUCUGCCAUGUACAUUUUAGUGUUUUUCCUGCUUUUAUUACAAUCCUGCCAUUCUUAAAGUAUGUGUUGAGCCUUUGGGCUGGUUACUUAAAUCCAGUGUGUAAGGGGAGUAAGGCUAAAAAGCUAUACAUGUGUAGGACAAGACAGGACAGGGUGCCUCCAGGACCAGGGUUAAAAAGCUGAUACUGAUAUACGCAAUGCCUCAAAAUCGUUCAAGUUAAACAUCGAGCUCACAGCUAGCUGCAGUUUCACUGUGUUACUUCAGGAAUAGAAGCUAGAAGCUGAGUGCUGAAACCCAGAGUGCUUUCUGAAGAGAUUUAGCGUUAGCCUAUAUCGGCGAGGCCUCAGGUUAGCAGGUUAAAUAGCGCUGCAGGCUUCUACAGGACCUGCUGAAUGUACUGUGACUGCGAUGACAAUAACAGUUCCUCAUUAGUUUUGCACGUGUGUGUUGUACAUGCAGUCAGUAGCAAUGUUUACUCCUGCAGACACAGUUCUUUUCUUUUGUCUGGCUGGUGUGCACCUCAACAAAGACUAGAAACACUAUAGCUGCUUUCCAAAGCCUAGGCUGAGGCUGAAGCGGGCUGUAUUCUCAGCUUUGCAGACUUUGUAAGAAUCCUUCGUAGACAGUCGAGAAACCCAGACGACGUUCAGAGCAAAUGGAAGGAUGCAACUGCAUGAUAAAUCGCUUAAGCAUCGUCAUCACAAUGUGCGCAUGCGCAAUAGUUAAUCACAGAACAUGCGAUGCCACUUAAGGCAAUUAAAUCAAACACAUCAUGCUGCAAUAUUUUGAUUCUUAACACAAGAAGUAGAUACACAGCGCUGUCUCUGUGUCUGGGUGAGUGACAGGCUGCUGCUGCCUAAGAAGCAUGAGG